AUGAAGAAUGUACCCUACUCUAAUGCUGUGAGGUCAAUCAUGUACCUAAUGGUGUGUACAAGGCCAGAUCUAGCUUAUGUCAUAAGUGUGCUUAGCAAGUAUAUCUCUAAUCUAGGAAGGGAACACUGGAAUGCUAUGAAAUGGGUUUUCAGGUAUCUCAUCAAGUCUAUGGAUGUAGGUCUAAAGUUUAAGAAACAAGAUUCAAGACCUACAAUAGAGGGUUACAGUGAUGCUGGUUAUGCAGGAGAUAGAGACAAUAAGAACUCAACUUCAGCUUAUUACUUCCUAAUUGGUGGAAACUGUGUCAGUUGGAGGGUUCAACUACAACCUGUGAUUGCUCUUUCUACUACAAAAUCAGAAUAUAUAGCUAUUACAGAGGCCAUAAAGGAAGCUAUUUGGAUUAGGGGACUUAUGGAGGAACUCAGACUACUGCUAAAUACACCUACAGUCUACUCGGACAGCCAAAUUGGUAUACACUUGUGUAAAAAUCCUGUCUUUCAUGACAGGACUAAACAUGUUGAAAUAAAAUAUCACUUCAUCAGAGACAAAGUGACACAGGGAACAGUUCAGAUUAACAAGGUGCCUACUGAUGAUAAUCCAGCAGAUAUGGGAACCAAGAUUGUAUCCCUUAGUAAGUUCAUUCACUGCAUGAACUUACUAGGGAUCGAUAAGGGUGGAUGA